AAAGGGGGCGUGGCGCCACUCGGGUUCUGGGGGCCGCGACUGGCGGGGGCGUCGCCGAGGGCACGCGGCCGUUGGUAAUGAGUGAAAGUGAGGAUGACUGGCUCUCUCUUAUGCCCACUGAACCCUUGCAAUCUCAGUGCUGUGGCAGCGGCUGCAAACCAUGUGUCUAUGAUGUGUAUCAGAAGGAGCUAGCCCAGUGGGAAGAAGCCAAAGCAAAGAAAGACAGAAGCCUCCUGACCAAACAGAAGGAGGAGAGUAGUAAUUCAGAAUUAAAUCCAGAUACAUUUACUGCUUUCAAGAUAAGCUCUGUGGAACAGCUAACAGAGGACACCUACCAGUAUAAAUUUGAGCUGCCAGGAAACAGCAGCCUGGGAUUGAGUUUAGGACAACAUAUUGUGUUAAGAGGGAUGGUGAAUGGUUUGGAGGUUCAGAGAGCUUAUACUCCAGUUAGCCCUGUAAACGCUGAAGGAUACUUUGAAGUUUUAAUAAAAUGCUACAAGGCUGGGCUAAUGUCACAAUAUAUAAAAUCCUGGAUUGAAGGAGACACAGUCUUUUGGCGAGGGCCAUUUGGAGGCUUCCCAUAUAGCCCUAAUCAGUAUGGAGAACUUCUUAUGCUUGCCUCUGGAACUGGCAUAGCACCAAUGCUCCCCAUUCUCCAGUACAUAACAGAAAAUGAAGAUGAUGAAACCUUUAUAACCCUGGUUGGUUGCUUCCGGACUUUUGAAAAUAUUUACUUGAAACCUCUUCUCCAAGAUCAGUCUCGAUACUGGAACGUCAGAACAUGUUACGUCCUUAGCCAGGAAUCUUCCCUGGAAAAACUUCCUUGGAGCUAUCAAGAAAACACACACACUGGCCAUAUAACUGAGAACUUGAUUAAGAAAAUGAUAAAUUCCUGUAGAAGAAAGCCAUUUGUGCUGAUUUGUGGCUCGGUAGCAUUUAAUGAAGAUAUGACUAGAUGUCUGAAAGCCAUAGGACUCAAAGAGGAUUCCUAUUUUGUAUUUUAGCAGUGUGUUCCAGACCGGCUUCCUCUGAAAAGAAAUGCAGACCAAGCAUGCACCUGUUUGCUGUUUCCUAUGCAAACAUCAAUUUGAACUUGUCCUUUGACCUAUUUGGGUUUCUCGUGCAUAUAUUUUCAUAUGCUUUUGUAUAAAAUAUUUUAUAUAGUGUCUUUAAUAUAAUUCUUAAUAUAUUGUUUUAAAAAUCCCUCUAGGCUAGCUGACAAUAACGUGGCACAGCUAGGAAAGAGGAGAAUGAAGGUGGGAGCAGUAACUCAAAAUUUCAUGAAAGAGACAUUUAGCAUUACUUUUAUCUCAUUUUUUUGUGUCAUCACUUUCAUUUUGUAAUUAAAAAGGAGAAGGUAAGUAACUGCUCUGAUCUGUGCAUCAUUGUCACAGUACUAACACCCUGAAAGCCAUUUGGGUCUACCAUGUCACUGUACUAUUGGGAACUCUUAAUCCAGAGGUUAUUGCCAUAAGAGACUUUAAAUGUAUGUCUACACUGCACAAAAGACCAGGUUUGAACCUGAGCCCUGUAGACGUGCCCUUCGUUGCUCGCGGCACAAAUUCGUGAGAGACCACUCUUUCAAACACCAGUGCCCUUUUAUUUCCUUGUAUUUUCCCACCACCACUUAUAUAUAGCUUUAUACAGUUUGCUGUCAGGCAGGUAGCCCCUUGGGGAACAGCUUGGUCUUACAGCUAGCUGGGAGCAACAGGUCCUCACUUUCCUGUUCCUCCCUUUCUACUUCCUUCCUGCUAGCUUUAUAGGCCUUCCCCCAUCAAGCUCACAGGUGUCUCUCCUUUAGGGCUUUAAUCAGCCACAGCCUGUCAGCUCCUAUCUCUUCCCCUUACUGGGAGGCUAGCAGGCUCUGAGCUAACAGGGGCUGAGUCAGUGCCUUUUGGCCAGCACCCUGUUACAAGCCCCCAUUCCAAAUCAGUCUGAUUUAGGUCAGCAAGCACUCAGGGCACAGGUCCUAGGGCCUUAAUAGGGCAGUGGGUCAGAGCCUGACUCCUGCUGUGACUCCAGUCCAAGCCCUCUCCUUUUGCAACGUGAACACAGGUCAAACCACAGAUCCAAGUCAGAAGGUCUGCAUAGCGUAAUAGCAUUGAUGCGUUAACAUGGCUGUGAGACCUGGAUCCAGCACUUGUAAAGCCGGGUUUACAUAGCAGUGUGGAUGCUCAAACACAGGCUUGGAAACACCGAGUCCAUGAGCCCGGGUCCCGCAGACCUGGGUUUACAAUGCAGUUAGACAUACCCUAAUACUUCUGGUCACUGGGCAUUAUGAAGCCUUGCCCCAGGAUGUGUUGAUGCACUGGUAUGGGUUUGCACGGUGUACCCAAAAAACGUAAAUUCCUUUAUCAUUUGUGUACAACACUUCACGUGGAGAAUAAAAAUGUAUCCUAAAAAUCUA